CUUUAAAUAAAGUAAUAGGUACCUUUGAAUUUUUUUCCAUUUUGCCUCUGUUUUCUGCUCUUCCUGUCAGAGCUCGAGUUUCGAGGUGGAAGACAGGAAGAGUAUGGCUAAGGGGUUCAGAUCAGAGAAUAAUGGAGGGAAAACGACAGUGUUUUGGGACUAAAGUUGAUGCCGUCGUCAGUUCUUUUAACUGAACCACCGUCCUUCUUUUCCAGAUAGAUUAUAGUUGUGACUGCAUGGGCAUAGGCUUAAUAUUUGUUUGGCAACCACGACAAACUCGCUUGCAUUAUAGGAAAGCAACAGUGAGUUUGUGUAUUUGACAUCUUUAGUUUGAAUUUUUUGGGGGGCAACUGUAAAAGAGGAGUGUGAAAAUUGGGGCAAUUGGUGGGGAAGAGUUAAAGUUGGAGAAGGUGCAAAUGGCAGCUGCUCGUGAGGAGAAGAUUCUUGUUUUGGUGAGGUUGCGGCCUUUGAGUGACAAGGAAAUUGUAGCAAAUGAAGUUGCCGACUGGGAGUGCAUCAAUGACAAUACUAUCCUAUACCGGAACACCCUCAGGGAAGGAUCCACGUUCCCAUCUGCCUAUACUUUCGAUAGAGUAUUUCGGGGUGACUGCUCGACAAAGAAAGUGUAUCAGGAUGGAGCCAAGGAGAUUGCUCUUUCAGUUGUUAACGGUAUUAAUUCUAGUAUUUUUGCAUACGGACAAACUAGCAGCGGGAAGACAUACACUAUGGAUGGAAUAACUGAGUAUACUGUUGCAGAUAUAUUUGACUACAUAAACAGACAUGAAGAGAGAGCAUUCGUUUUGAAGUUCUCAGCAAUUGAGAUAUAUAAUGAAGUUAUUAGAGAUCUUCUAAGCUCAGAUAACACCCAACUUAGGCUGCGUGAUGAUCCUGAGAGAGGAACUGUGGUGGAAAAAGUCACAGAGGAAUCUCUGAAGGACUUGAACCAUUUGAAAGAACUCCUUGCAAUUUGUGAAGCUCAAAGAAGGAUAGGAGAGACUUCCUUGAAUGAGAGAAGCUCCCGAUCUCAUCAAAUUAUAAGAUUGACAAUUGAAAGCUCUGCUCGGGAGUUCCUAGGAAAAGAAAAUUCAACAACCCUUGCAGCAAGUGUGAAUUUUAUUGAUUUGGCUGGAAGUGAGCGAGCAUCUCAGGCCUUAUCCACUGGGACAAGACUGAAAGAGGGUUGCCAUAUAAAUCGUAGUUUACUGACUCUGUCAACUGUUGUUCGCAAACUAAGUAAAGGCAGACAAGGGCAUAUCAAUUACAGGGAUUCCAAGCUGACACGGAUACUGCAGCCUUGCUUGGGUGGUAAUGCCAGGACUGCAAUCAUAUGUACUUUGAGCCCUGCACGAAGCCACAUUGAACAGACCAGGAACACUCUUCUGUUUGCUUGUUGUGCAAAAGAAGUUACUACAAAAGCUCAGGUCAAUGUCGUCAUGUCUGAUAAGGCCUUAGUUAAGCAUUUGCAAAGAGAGUUGGCCAGGUUAGAAAGUGAACUCAGGAGUCCUUUGCCUCCUCCUUCCUCUAACAGCGACUAUGCAGCUUUGCUGAGAAAGAAAGAUCUUCAGAUCGAGAAGCUGGAGAAGGAGAAUAGAGAGUUGACUAAGCAACGUGAUCUUGCUCAAUCUCGGGUCAAGGAUCUGCUAAGUAUGAUUGGGAACGAUCAAGAUUCAGGACAAUUGGCAAGAAUCAAUUACCAUUCCGAUCAACGAGCAGGCGAUCAUGGGAAGAUGACUAUUCAGAAUCAGUCAUCAUGUUUGGCUGAUUCUAAUCAAUUUGCUGCAUGUGUUAGAAAAUUUAAUUCAAACCAUUGUUAUGAGCCUCCAGCUGAACUGCUGAUGAUCCUGAUGAUACUGCAAGGACAGAAGCAAAUCGCAUUCAAGAGGACCAGAGUGAGUAGAAGCUGGAGUUGUAGAGCAGAUGAGGGUACAUCUUCUCCAUACAGGGAACAUACUGAAAGCACCCCUCCUAACGCGUUCGAGAAAAGCUUUCCUGGAAGACCAGACAAUUACCAAAUGAAAUUUCCUUCAUUAAAUUUUGGUCCCGAUAGUGGGAGGCUCUCCAGGAAUGAUUCUCUGUCUUCUCUUGGGAGUGCUUCGAUUGUAGAUGAGCAAAUUACUAGCAUUCAUACUUUUGUAGCCGGACUGAAGAAACAACUUGCCAGUGGUCAGGUUCAGGGCACCGGCCUAGAAGCAGGUGAGUCUGGAAGGAGCAUCAGAGAUGCUGGGUUGGAUCCGAUGUGUGAAGCACCAGGAUCUCCUCUGGAUUGGCCACUGGAAUUUGAGAGGUUGCGGAGAGAAAUACUUGAACUUUGGCAUGCUUGCUAUGUUUCCUUGGUUCACAGAACAUAUUUCUUCCUCCUCUUUAAAGGUGAUCGAAAUGAUUCAAUUUACAUGGAGGUAGAGCUUAGGAGACUUACCUUCCUCAAGGAAACAUUUUCUAAAGGAAACCAAGCAGUAGAAGAUGGUCGCACUCUCACACUGGCUUCAAGUGUAAGAGCUCGCCGCGAGAGGCAGACCCUGAGCAAGCUGAUGCGGAAAAGGUUUUCAGAAGAAGAUAGACAGAAACUAUACCAGAAAUGGGGCAUUGACUUGAACUCGAAGCAGAGAAGGCUGCAGCUGGUGAAUCAGUUGUGGAGCAAUAACAAGGAUAUCAAUCACGUCACCGAGAGCGCCACAAUUGUCGCGAAGCUGAUCAGGUUUGUAGAGCAGGGGCGUGCCCUCAACGAAAUGCUCGGCCUUAGAUUUAUGCCUCCGCGGCCUAUGCGGAGAUCCUUUAGUUGGAAGAACAGCAUGGCAUCCCUUAUAUGAGCCUGUGUUUUAUGCCUUUGUUAGCACCUGAAUACAGCCAUUGAGGUAAUUUGUUGAGUCAUAGUCCAUGAUGUAGCAUUCUUCUAGUGAUUGAAAUUGUUAACAGAUUGGAAUGACCACCAGAUAGAAUGGUGUAUGAAUGUAAUUCUUAAGCCAAAAACUGGCUUGACGAAAUUGCCCGUGGCGAAUUCGGGUUUUGAAUGUAUUUCUCUUAGGUGACACGGAUUUGGAAA